CACAAGCAAUACUAAUUAACCCACUAAGAAAAUGAAAUUCCUAUCGAUUGGAUUUGUGCUCGCACUUCUGGCACUUGCAAGUGCUAAUCCUCUGAGUCCUGGCAAUGUGAUCAUCAACGGUGAUUGCAAGGUCUGCAAUGUACAUGGUGGAAAGUAAACAGCUGAAAAUAACCAACUGCAACAACUCAACUAUCAAACUAAAUGGAUUACUGCACCAAUAUGUUCAUUACCAAACUAAUCAUCAAAUCAAAUGUAAAGUAAAUUCAGUACAAUAAACAAAUAAGCAAAAAAGCAGCAGUUAAAUGUCAAAUGAAAUCUCUGAGGGCCAUGAGACUUAGCUGAUAAGAAAAUAAUAAAAUUAUGUUCAUUCAAUUUGCUGCAAAAUAAA